AUGCUAGUAUGGAAUAUCAGAGGGGCCUCCCGAAGGGACUCUUUGAGCUAUCUGAAGAAGUUGUGCUUCGACAACAAGGUUAGGUUACUAUUCCUAUUAGAGCCAAUGUCUGCGGAAUGUCAGUUGGAGGUGGUUCGGAGGUAUUUAAACUUUGAUUUUUCAGCUCUUUAUAUUGGUGGUGAAAUAUGGGUGUUUUGGUCGUGCCUCUUACGACUUAGUUGUGUCGAGUACGCUGAGCAAAUGCUUCAUGCUCACGUUUCCUUUGGCUCUGGGGCAUCCUUUUGGGUGUCUGCGAUAUAUGCUAAGUGCACGAGGGUUGGACGGCGGCCUCUCUGGGAGGCAAUGGAAAGUGUGGCUUCCUCGAUCUCACACAACCAACCCUGGGUAGCAGCAGGCGAUUUUAAUGUCAUAGCUUCAGCAGCGGAGCGUGAAUGGGGGGAUCCAGCUAAUGUACAGAAUAUAGAUGAAUUUAAUGCUUCCAUGUUCAAAUGCGGGCUAUCUACAAUUGAUUUUGAUGGAUCUCGAUUCACGUGGACUAAUGGGUCAGUCUGGCAGCGCUUGGAUCGGGCAUUGGGGAAUAGGCGGUGGUCCGAGGCCUACCCGCUUUCUAGGGUCUCCCAUAUGGCCAGAGGGAGAUCGGAUCACAGCGCGUUGUUGAUUCGAUGUGCAGGCUAUAGGGCUGCAUCGUCUUGCUUUCGGUUUCUUAAUGUUUGGUGCGGGCACCCCCAGUUCCGGGAGAUAGUGUCGGCCGCGUGGAGUACAGAGGUCUCUGGCAUGGGGAUGGUUAGAUUUUACAACAAGCUCAAAGCAGUGCGAGAUGCAUUGAAGCAAUGGAACCGUGUGGUGUUUGGUAAUGUUUCUUCUAAGGUGGCGGAGGCGGAGCAAGAGCUAAAACAGACGGAGGCGGAGUACGAUUUGGUUAGAAGUGAGGAGUCAAAGAUUCUUCUUCAUGAGGCCAGAGCGAGAUACAAUCGGGCACUUUCUAUAGAGUGUGAGUUUUGGCAUCAGAAAGCAGGUAUUAAAUGGUUACAGGCGGGGGAUGCUAAUACUGCAUUUUUUCACUCUUGGGUCCGUCAGCGUCGAAACUCGAAUUUCAUUUCCCGUAUUAGGAAAGAGGAGGGGGGAUGGCACGAAGACCUGCAGGAGAUUAAGAACUCAGCGAUAUCCUAUUUUUCGGACUUGUUUGCAUCCAACCGCCAGGUGCAGCCCCUCACUGAGCUUCCUUUUGAGGUUCCUAGAGUCACCCAAGAGGAUAACGAGAUCAUGAAACAGCUUCCUACGAUGAAGGAAAUCCAUGAGGUAGUGUUUGGAAUGGACACCCAGAGCGCUCCGGGUCCGGAUGGGUUUGGAGCAGGAUUUUUUCAAAGCUGCUGGGACAUGGUUAAGGAUGACUUGCUUAUGGCUAUCCAGGACUUCUUUCAGGGUAUGGAGCAACCCAGGAGCUGGUCACACUCUAUGGUGGUGCUCAUCCCAAAGAUGGACGGUGCAUCCCACUGGCGCGAGUUUCGGCCUCUUAGUCUUUGUAAUGUAAGUUCUAAGGUUGUGUCUAAGAUAUUGGCGGUCAGGAUCAGUAAGCUCCUCCCGAAGCUCAUUUCACCAUGGCAAACAGGGUUUGUUCCAGGGCGUGGGAUAGUGGACAAUGUUUUAUUGGCCCAGGAGCUGAUUUUAGACUUGGAUAGGAGGUUGAUUGACCCGAAUUUGAUAUUGAAGCUCGACAUGGAGAAGGCAUAUGAUCGGGUUGACUGGUCGUUUUUACUUUUUCUGCUCAGGCAGUAUGGUUUUGAAGAGGUAGUAGUGGAUUUGCUCUUUCGAACGUUUUCUAACACUUGGUUCUCGAUCCUAGUUAAUGGGGAACCAACGGGCUUUGUGAAGUCAUAUCAGGGGGUGCGACAGGGUGACCCUCUUUCUCCUGCGCUCUUCUUAUUCGUGGCGGAUUUUCUUGGGAGAGGGCUGCAAAGGCUUUUUGAUUCCAAGGACAGUAGAUACUUUGUAUCUGCUGGGUCGAAAGUGUCGUAUUUAGCCUUUGCGGAUGAUAUGAUCAUCUUUACUCGGUGCUCGCAGGACGCGUUGGUGUCCCUUAAGGAUUUUUUGCAGCUCUACCAAAGUUGUUCUGGCCAGAAGGUGAAUAUUGCUAAGAGUGCCUUUUACGCAUCGGCCUGGGUGACGGACACCCAGUGGACCCUUGUUAGCACGACCCUAGGGUACCAGUGCCAGGGGUUUCCGUUCAAGUAUCUAGGUGUGCCGCUGAUUCGCGGCAGGGUUACAUGUGCAGCGUUUGAUGCGUUGCUGGGCAAGGUUCGCCAAAAGCUAUACCAUUGGAGCUCAAAGAUGCUAUCUAUGGGGGGGAAGAUUGUCCUUUUACGAAGUGUCAUGUGUUCCCUUCCAGUCUACUUACUCCAGGUGCUCCAACCCCCGAAGGCGGUGCUGCUGCAUUUCGGCCGAGUGUGCAAUGCUUUUUUGUGGGAUUCCUCUAUUGAUAGCAAACGGACCCACUGGGCGGCGUGGGAUAAGGUUUGCCGUCCGGUCGAGGAAGGGGGCCUGGGGUUUCGCUCCUUUGAGGACAUCACAAAGGCUUUCUCUUGUAAGCUCUGGUGGAAGUUGCGGGAACGGGCGUCCAUUUGGGCAGAGUUCAUGCACGUCAAGUAUGUCAGAGGGGGGCAUCCUCUUCUAGUUUCAGUUGACCGCCCGUCCCCAGUUUGGCGCCGGUUGGUAGAAGUGAGGGGGUUUGCGGAGGGUAAUAUCCGGUGGUGUCUGGGGGAGGGCUUAGUUGACUUCUGGCAGGACAGGUGGUGUACUGAUGUUCCGCUCGCUAGCUUGGUGCCAGGCCCUAAGUCUCACAGGUUGGUAGGGGAAUUUUUUCUUUCUGAUGGUUGGGAUGAGCAGUGGCUCAGACGGCUUCUUCCGGGGCACUUAGUGUCGAAGGUCAUGGAGCUGCGAAUAUUCCCCAAUAUGCAAGACCAGAUGAUUUGGGCGGCGUCACCUUCGGGGAGCUUUACUGUAUCUUCAGCUUGGGACGUUCUUCGCUCAACGCACAAUCGAUCUGUUGUUGAUUCAUUGGUCUGGAGCUCGGUGGUCCCCCUGAAGGUAUCCUUCUUGGCGUGGAGGUUGUUGCGUGGUUGGCUCCCCUUGGAUGAUCUCCUUCAAGGGAGAGGAUUGAGGUUAGCGUCAAAGUGUUACUGUUGUGGCCUCGCUCCAGAAACGGGAGACCAUCUUUUUGUCUCGGGACCUUUAGCGAGCAGGGUCUGGCGGCACUUCUCCUGCCGCUUUGGGCUGGUAGUCCAGGGGAGUGGGGUGGCAUCGAGGCUAUCAUGUUGGCUCUUGUCUCACCGGUUUGUCUCACAGAAUCAUAUUCGUGUCAUUCUCCCUCUCUUAAUCUUGUGGUUUAUUUGGAAGGGCCGUAACAAGGCCCGCUUUGAGGGGGUGAGUAUGUCGUCAGAUCAGGUAAUCGACCAGGUGUGCGCAUUUGUCGAGCAGUUGGGCAGGGGGGGGCUGCUCAAGUUCGAGUUUUUCAAAGGGGACACAGAUUGUGACUGGGUGAAGCUCGGUAAGGUCAAGGGAAAAUUGGUACAGCUUCGUGCCUUUCCUUGGGCAAAACCUACAGGGCAAGCGGUGAAACUCAACACUGAUGCUAGUGUGGUACGCGGGCGUUCAAGUGGUGGAAGGGUGGUGCGCUCGGCUGAGGGUAAUUUAGUGUUUGCAUUUUAUAAGGAGUUUGGAGAGAAAGACGUUCUCUCCUCAGAGGCGUUGGCUUUGCUGGAGGGUCUUCGUUAUUGCCAGGAUAGCAAUCUCACGGGGGUCAUAGCGGAAGUGGAUUCUAGUACUUUAGUGCAUCUCGUGUCCUCUAAGAUGACGUCUUGCUGGCCGUUAUGUAACACGAUUAGGCAUAUUCGGAGCUUGGUGGCAAAAUUGGGGGUGUCGUUGGUUCACACGUUCAGAGAAGCAAAUGCGGUUGCCGACGCGUUGGCCUCCUCGGAUCUACGAGCGGAGGCCCGCUUCUUGAGUGAAAUAGCUCUCCCUUCUAAAGUUCGGACUCUUUUGCAGUUAGAUAGGCUGUCAACUCCGUAUGUGAGAGUCUAUGCGAAAGGAACUUCUGGUGGGUUGGCUCUUUUGUGGAAAAAAGAUCUCGACAUAUCAUUGAACCGCUUUGCUAAUAGUUUUAUUAAUCGCAAUGUUCAUAUGCCAAAUUAUACCCGGCGUUUAACUGGAUUCUAUGGACAUCCUGAUGCUUCAAAGCGGAAAUAUUCCUGGGAUUCUCUUAGACAAUUAAGCAACCAAUCUCAGCUUUCCUGGCUUUGUAUCGGCGAUUAUAAUGAGGUCCUUAGUCAGAAUGAAUUUCAAGAUAAUAUCCUAAUUGCUUACGGAGUUAAUCACUCUUUUAAAUCCAAGUCUGUAGACAAAGAGGGAUCCAUGUCCAUUAAAUUGGACAUGAGCAAGGUUUUUGAUAGGGUUGAGUGGCCUUUUCUUAAAGGAAUGAUGUUGGCUUUAGAUUUUCAUCCAUCUUUUAUUGAUCUUAUUUCCAGUUGUUUUUCUACUGUUUCUUAUUCCUUUCGGCUGAAUGGUGUUCAAUUUGGUUAUCUACAACCUCAGCAGGGCAUUAGACAAGCCGAUCCAAUUUCUCCAUUUUUAUUUCUUAUAUGUACAGAGGCUUUUUCUUCUUUAUUACAAGAAGCAGAAGCUUGUGGUAAAUUGUUAGGAGUUCGAAUAUGA